AUGACAGAGACAGAAUCAAAGGACCUCAUAUCCGGAAUAGGAGCUCUCCUUCAGAUCCAACGCUGGCUGGGCAUUUGGCGGUGGAGCGAUGGCAACUGGCGGCAAUUGAAGAGUAUUUACCCAUUCGUAUUGCAUCUGCCAUUGACCUUCACGUAUAUAGCACUUAUGUGGCUGGAAGUUAUUGUCUCCGAUGACUUGGAACAGGCUGCGAAUGUUUUGUACAUGUCACUGACAGAGUUGGCAUUGGUCGUGAAACUCAUCAACAUUUGGUAUAGGGGCGAACAGGCGCUCAACUUUAUGAAUGCUCUCGAUAGCUAUGCCAAGUGUAAUUUGCCAAAAUCCGAAGAUAUUCAGUUUUGGCAGCGAGAGCAGCGAAAUUUUAAGCGCAUAUUCUACACGUAUAUUGGAGGUUGUACGGCUGUUGCUGUAACCGGAUAUUCGGGUGUUCUCUUCCAGGAUACAUACGAGCUACCGUUCGGAUUUUAUGUGCCGUUCGAGUGGCGGAGACGGGAGCGUUACUUCUAUGCGUAUGGCUACAAUAUCCUGGCGAUGACAUUGUGUUACCUUUCGAAUUGCCUGCUGGACACGAUGGGCUGCUAUUUCAUGUAUCAAAUCGCUGUACUCUACAAAUUGUUAGGUCGUCGUUUAGUUGCCUUGCGCGAUAUGCCGGAGAAUGUGGCAGUGCCGGAAUUACGCUGCAUCUUUCAACUACACAGGCAUAUUCGCAGCCUGACAAAGCAGUGCGAGGUCCUCGUGUCGCCCUAUGUCCUCGCCCAGGUGGUGCUCAGCGCGUUAAUCAUCUGCUUCAGUGGGUAUCGCCUUGUGCAGAUUGGCUUUCAGGGUAAUCCGGGUCCGUUAAUCACCAUCGCUCAGUUUGUGGCCGUGAUGAUACUUCAGAUAUUUCUGCCCUGCUAUUGCGGCAACGAGGUCACACUGGAAGCGAACCGACUCACAAAUAGUGUAUUCAACACCAAUUGGUUGAUGUAUUCCGUAUCUACGCGCAAGGUGCUCAACUGCUAUAUGGAGUUCCUCAAGCGGCCUGUUAAAUUGAGAGCUGGUGGAUUUUUUGAAAUCGGAUUACCCAUAUUCAUGAAGACCAUCAAUAAUGCCUACAGCUUCUUUGCUUUGCUUAUCAAUCUGUCCAAAUAA